AUGGCAAGCGCUGGGAGUGCUCAGAACGUCAUCCGAAGGAAACUGGUCAUUAUCGGCGACGGAGCUUGCGGCAAGACCUCUCUCCUCAGCGUCUUCACACUCGGCUACUUCCCCACGAUCCCCACCGUCUUCGAGAACUACGUCACCGACUGUAGGGUAGAUGGCAAAUCAGUUCAGCUUGCGCUAUGGGAUACAGCGGGACAGGAGGACUAUGAGCGGCUGCGCCCCCUGGCAUACUCGAAAGCACAUGUCAUCCUGAUAGGAUUCUCCGUGGAUACGCCAGAUUCACUUGACAACGUCAAACACAAGUGGGUUGAGGAAGCGACAGAAAAAUGCCCGGGCGUGCCGAUCAUACUCGUCGGAUUAAAGAAAGAUCUGAGAGAAGACCCAGUCGCUAUCGAGGAGAUGCGCAAGAAGUCGCUCCGUUUCGUCACAGAACACGACGGCGAGGCGGCCGCGCGAGAAGUAGGGGCGAAGAAGUACCUCGAGUGCUCGAGUCUCAGCGGGGAGGGUGUCGACGACGUAUUCGAGGCGGCCACGAGAGCAGCAUUACUCACAUUCGAGAAGGGCGAGGGCGGUGGCUGUUGUGUGAUUCUGUGA